UGGUUCAUGGGCGCGGACGCGCUUCGGGGCAACGGGAUCACGCUCAAAUUACUAUAUCUAGUGCGCGACAAGUCGUUCGCACCUGCCGACGAGUCAUUGCGCAAAGUCCGCACGUCACGCCUACUACUGUUCGUUGGAAUCCAGCUUGUCGGAUUUGAUGCAGCGUUUGCUAUUACGCAGACAGUCGAUGAGUUGUGCACUCUUUUUUUGCCAUUACAUUCAGCGGCAAUUGCAUUCCCUCUUGUUAUUCUCCUUCUAGCUCCUGUCAGAACAUUGCUUAUCCCUCGACUCCCAUUCACUCCGGAAGAAUUAUCUGUCCUUGACGGUCCUACGGCUUCCCCUUUU